AUGGACACUUUACGACUUAAACCCAGGCUACCCGUCGAGGACGAGGUUGAGAACUGGGACGAUGACGACUUUAUGAUAGAUAAUGAGGACCUGACCUUCCGGAGCGCUUCCACCGCCACUACGAGCAACCAUCCAAAUCGUAGGGACAGCCAUGCUUCGUUUAGAUCGGACCGAGAGUCCCUGUUUGGGGACGAGGAGAGGCAGGUUCACCUGGCUGGGGAGGACGAGAAGUCUACCAUGGAUGCCAUAGCCGCCGCCACGACGGCUGGCAUUCCUAUUCCCCAGAAUGUUCCGCCUUCCGCCUUGAUGGGCGGCACUAUCAAGCGCCUAGGCGGCCGCAAGAUUAAGAAGGUCAUCCAGGAAGAUUGGGGUGAUGACAUCGAGAUGCCCAAGAACGGCCAAGCCCUCCGAAUGAAGCACCGCGAUGCUUCUCAGUUUCCAGAGACUUUGCGUCAGGUUAGCGGCUCGGUGACAUCAAGUCCGGUCAAGCUGAUGAGCCCGCCUGUCAUCCACGAGUCUCCACGGAAAGAAAACCAGCCGCCGACAUCGUCCCCGGCGUCCACCUUGGAUAGAUUCCGAGACAAUGAUGACGAUGACGACGAUGUCUUCGGUGACGGCCCGGCCACCAUCAAGGCACCUAAACUCCGCCCCCAACACAAGCCCAUCUCUCUUAUAACCCCGCCGACCCCCCAGAAGAAGGAUGAAGAUGAUGACUUCGAAAUGGAUUUGGAGCUUCCUUCCAGCGGAAAACUCAAGCUUACCAACCGGAGAGAUAUACCGCCCAAGACUCCCAAUGUCAACAGUGGUGAUGAGUUCGACUGGGGAGAAGGCAGCUUGGGGACCAGAUUUGGAGGCACUCGAAGGGAUCCAUUCUCGAAUCGCAGCUCUAGUGCAUCUGCUCUGAGCCCAAGCAUCGCAAGCUCGAUCACGGCUGAAAGCGAGGACGAUGUCUUUGAUGGCAUAGUCCUACCUACCGGGCCCCUAGACCUUAAUGAGCGCCUCAAGCGGAGGAAGCAGAGCCGGUCUCCCGCACGACCUUCAGAUAUGGACAAGCGUCCUAGAUCAUCUAAACAACAUGGCCCAGAGACGCCUGUCGCCGAGAAGGACAAAGAGGAUCUCCUGGAUGGUCUUGAUCUUGGCGAUAGUGACGUGUUUGGCUCCGGAAAAUUUACGCUGCACCGCAAUGUAAAGGUCAAGGAGACAAGGCAGUCCAGCCCUGCACGGCCCAAGACCGCACUCUCUUUGACAUUCACGCAGAAGCCGGUGGCCGCUCAACCCUCACGCUUGCCUCGACCCACACACAUCCAUCAUGAGCGUUCGCAUACGCAAUCUUCCCUGGAACCCGUCUCAGAAAGCGGUGGUCCCAUCCCCGUCCGACCGGCUCGAAGGUCACAAUCCCGGAUGGGCCACUCGGCCACAUCGUCUGUAUCUAGUAUUGCCACCCCUACUACUCCAUCUUCGACAAUGUCCUCCCAACCAUCAACCCCGAGGCGGCGAGAGCUUGGCCAAAAAGCCUCGACCGGACAGUUGCGGAACGAGUCUACAACCACGAGCGCUCAACUUCUGCGAUUUAAGAGGUCGCUUCCAGUCAUGAAGGGGCCUGAGUCACCGGCACGGUCCGUUGGAUCUCGCUAUGAAAGGCCGUCCUCCAGGACAGAUUCACACCGGUCCCAGUCGGCUUUAAGGCCCAAGACUCCGGUAGAACGAGCGCGAACAGCUUAUGAAGGCAGUGCAGCUCAGGCCAGGAAGAACUACGUACCAUUCUUGGCUGGUGGCUCUACCGCCUCCCAGUCGCAUCAUGUUGCUGCCAGGAGUUCGCGGACCCUCCGACGCCAUGACUCUGAUUACGGUCCAGAGACUCGCCCGCUGUCUCGUGCCAUGUCUCGAUCCACGAUGAGGUCGCCGAGUCCCCGGAAGAACCGCAGUGUCGACAAGAUUGCCAUUGAACCCUGGCAGCAGCUCAGUAAGCCUCGGCGCCAGCGCCAGUUUGGCGACGGCACGGAGCUCGACGGGUUCGACGACUUGCCGACAUCGGCACAAACAGAGUCGAAAUAUACCAAGCAGCCUCAGGGUAGCAGUCGAGGGUCAAUCAGGAAUAAGAUAUACCAAAACGUGUUGCCCGAUCGCAGCACACCAUCACCCGUGUCGCCAUACUCCCCGGCCCGGGUUGAUUAUCAACCACACUUCGCCCGGGACACUGCUGCCAGUCGAAUGGCUAGGGAAGCUAGUCUGGCACAGCGCGCCCCUUCAGGGCCCCUCGCCCCUCUGACAUCCCAGCGAAUCGGUCAACUAUCUACGAGAACAAACUUGAACCCCCAUAUACCUCAUCUUCCACAUGGUUCGAUACGGACCAAGAAGACGCGGAAACCUCCACAACUCAAGCCCCACCUCAUCUCUAAUUUGACUUCCGCCAAGGAGAGCAAGGUGGUUAAUGGGAUGACUUAUGACCCAGUAACAUGUCGAUGGGAUGGAAACGAGAAUGUCCUGAACGCAUUUGAUGCUCCCGCUUCAUCACCAUCAACGGCGUCUUUACCGCCACAUAUGGCUGGCAACAAAGAAAACGGGACGCCCCGACCGUACCUCAUCACUCCUAUGGGUGUCCCGAAGGGCGUCAAGCGGGAAGGAAACAUGGUCUUCGACCCACAGGCAAUGCGUUGGCUUGAGUUAACCAACAAGGUGGCAUCUGCCACUAGCACCGAUGACCCCAUGGAGGGGUUCGAUGCUUUGGAGGACGAGGAUGACCCGUUCAAGGACAUUCCCGAUCUCGAAGAUAAAGAGGCAGAGAAGGGCGAAGGGGGCAACGGCCGUGUCAGCGACAUUGGAAGUGAAUGGCUCGUUGGAGAGGAAUUCGACGUUGGACCCGAAUUCGUGCGCAGGCAGAGAGAAGAAGAAGACCGCUGGCGCAAGAAGUGCGAACGAUGGAUAAGCACCACUGCUCGCGACAAUGAUGCAUGGCGAUGGGCCCUUAGAGAUAUUGUCCAGGGCUCAUAG